AUGGAGGCCCUUAUGGGCCAAGCGAUGAAAGAUAGCGCGACAUUACAGAAGACCUCGGUGCCAUGGAACGACGAUGAGCCGCAUCCGCAAUCCUGGUACACAUUCGACUCGGCGACUUCUUCCUGGGCUUCAAAAGCGUCGUCAGAUGAUGAGGCCCAAACUGCAGACAUUGGCGGAAUCAACACCAUUGCCCUCUACAGCUGGAACAUCGACUUCAUGCUUCCCUUCGCUGAAGCCCGGAUGAAGCCAGCACUCGCUUACCUCGGUAGCCUGAUAGCCUCCAGCCCGCCGAACACGGCUCCCGUCAUCUUCCUUCAGGAGUGCACGCCCUCUGACUUGGCCACUAUCGCCUCCACGCCGUGGGUCCGGGAACGAUUCCAUCUGAGCGACCUGGACGCAACCAACUGGGCGACCUCUCUCUACGGCACAGUGACGCUCAUUGACUCCCGCCUGCCAAUCACGGCCGCCUUCCGCGUACACUACUCCAAGACUCGCAUGGAUCGCGACGCCUUCUUCGUCGACGUGUCUCUCGAGGGCAAGCCCAUGCAGAUCGUGGCGGAAUACCUGCGUGAGGAGAAGGUUCAUGCCGCCCUGGCUGCGGGAGACUUCAACGCCAUCCAGCCGUUCGACCGCACGUUGCACACGGAUAACGGCCUGAAGGACGCGUUCCUGGAGCUGGGCGGAAAGGAGGAUAGCGAGGAGGGCUAUACCUGGGGUCAGCAGGCGGCGACAAAGCUCCGAGAGAAGUUUGGGUGCUCGAGGAUGGACAAGGUCUACUUCUGUGGCGGCGCUGAGGUGGUCAAGUUCGAGAGGUUUGGUGCGGAUGUGUUGACCGAAGGAGAGGAGGAGAGCAGUCAGAUCGUGGCCCUUGGCUUUGAGAAAGCGUGGGUGACGGACCAUCUCGGAAUCAAGGCUGAGGUAAAGAUUAUCGCGGAAAAGAACGCGAUCCGUGUCUAG